AUGCCUUCUACAGCAUUCGAGAAAGACGUGGAAGCUGGAUCUGCCAAAGAUACCAUCAAAGCCAGCUCCCCAAUGGUUGACGACUCCGAUAAUCAACAUGCCCAGCCUGAGUUGGCGAACAUCACAGAAAGGCCCCAGACACCCGUUGGAAAACUAGGCCUUUAUAUUCAAAACCUUGAGAGCUACCUUGCCAAAUACAAAUUCGAAGCCCGUGGCAUCGACCGUGUCCUCGUAGAAGACACCCAUCCCACAAACUGGCGCUCUUACAUUCAAGCCUUUUUCUUCUGGUUCUCCGUCAACCUCGCCGCCCAAAACAUAACACUGGGCAUGCUAGGGCCCUAUAUCUUCUACCUCAGCUUCCGCGACGCAACUCUUUGCGCUGCUUUCGGUGCCAUGAUUGGCUCCCUUCCAGUCGCCCACAUUAGCACUUUCGCGCCCAUCUCUGGCCUCCGUACCCUUGUCUUUGCGCGCUUCACGUUCGGCUGGUGGCCCACUAAACUCCUUGUGAUCCUCAACAUGAUCGUCCUGGCAGGCUACUCCCUGAUCGACCUCGUCAUAGGGGGACAGAUUCUCUCCGCUAUAUCUCCUUCCGGCAAUCUCUCAAUCGUCGUCGGCAUCAUCAUAGUCGGUCUGAUCUGCUGGAUCAUCUCCACCUUCGGUCUCACCGUCUUCCACCUAUAUCAGCGUUACGCAUGGAUCCCACAACUCAUCGCCAUCUGCAUCCUCUUCGGCGUUUCCUCCUCCAAAUACGACCUCAAGACCCCUUCACAAGGCGACCCCAAAACCGUCAUCGCCUCCCGCAUCUCAUUUUUCUCCCUCUGUUUCUCAGCGGCAAUAACAUACACCGGCAGCGCCGCGGAUUUCUUCGUCUACUAUUCCCCUUCGACCUCUCGGCCUCUACUCUUCCUCGCGGCGUGGUUCGGCCUAACCACCUCCUUCGUCCUUGCAUUCACCGCGGGGACGGGUCUCGCUUCAGGAAUUCCCAUCCACAAGAAUUACGAAUCUGCAUACAAGACAUCGCAAGGCGCCCUAAUCGUCGAGGGGUUCUCCCCCUUACAUGGUUUCGGCAAAUUCCUCUCCGUGGUCGUCUUCUUCAGCCUUGUCUCCAAUACCGUACUGCCAUCCUACAGCAUCGGCAUUGACUUCCAGCUCUUAGCACGUUUUGCGCAGCGGGUGCCGAGGUUUGUGUGGAACACGGCUGGCGUGAUCAUCUACACUGUCUGCGCCCUCGCGGGACGGAACUCUUUGUCCGAGAUCUUUACGAACUUCUUGGCGUUGAUGGGAUACUGGGUUGCCAUCUGGGUGGCGGUGAGCUUGGAGGAGCAGAUACUUUUCAGAGGAGGGAGUUGGUCGGGUAGUGGGUGGUGGACCGUUCCUAUAGGUGAUCAGCAUGGGUAUGGGGUUGAGAGGAGUGGAAGUUUUAGAGGUGGGAGUAAGGGCCGCUGGAAGGGGUAUGAGUGGACGGUGUGGAAUCAGCAGGAGAAGUUACCGUUGGGAUUAGCUGCACUUGUUGCCUUUCUCGUGGGCUGGGCGGGGGCGAUACUGUCUAUGGCGCAGGUGUGGUACACGGGACCCAUUGCAGGCAAGGUUGGGGAACAUGGGGCUGAUAUAGGCAAUUAUGUGGCAUUUUCAUGGGCUGCAAUCAUCUAUCCGCCUUUACGAUAUUUUGAGCUCCAAAAGUGGGGAAGGUAG